AUGUUUAAGAAGGGCCUCCUCUUCCUUCCCUCUUCAUUUUUCAUGGCCGAGUUCUUGCAAAACAAACAUGUUUCUCGUCUUUUCAAGACGUUUCUCUUUCCCUCUUAUUUUUUUUUCUCCCUUCCACUCUUCUUGAAAAGGCUUUUAACAUCUUUUCUUUUACCUUCUCACUUUGCUUUAACCUGUGAGGUUUCAUCCCCCACCAACCCUUUUCUUCUAGACCUUUUUUUCUUUCUUCCUUUUCUCCCCUCCGCCCCCAUCCUUCCCGAACACUUUCUUUUUUCUCUCUCUCUCUCUCUUUUUACUACUGUGUUUAUUCUUUUCUCCCACUCCCUUUUUUUUCUUUUUCAAUGUAAACCUUUUUUCUUUUUUUCUCUUUCUCCCUCCCUCUGUGUGUGUCUCUCUCUCGCUCUUUCUCUCUCUCUCUCUCUCUACCCCUCCCUCCCUACGUGUUCUGUCUUACUCUCCUCGGCCUCCUCCUCUUCGCCCACUCUUGCUGGCUCCAGGCUGUCUGGACAGCAUGAUAACUCUGGAGCCGUUUCGUCUCUUCGUGUCGACGGGCUAGAGAAAGAAGACGCGGGGGACUUUUUUUUUUUUUUACUUUCCUCUUCCUCUCCUCCUCCUCUUUUCCUCUUCCUCUCCUCCUCCUCUUUUCCUCUUCCUCUCCUCCUCCCUUUUCCUCUUCCUCCCCUCCUCCUCUCUUCCUCCUCCUCCCCUCCUCCUAUCCUCCUCCUCUUUCCUCUCCUCUCUCUUCCUCCUCCUCUCUUCCAUCCUCUCUUCCUCUCCUCCCUCUUCCUCUCCUCCUCUCUUCCUCUCCUCCUCUCUUCCUCUCCUCCUCUCUUCCUCUCCUCUCUUCCUCUCCUCCUCUCUUCCCUCCUCUCCUCUCCUUCCUCUUCCUCUCCUCCUCCUUCCUCCUCCUCCUCCUCUCCUCCUCCUCUUUUAUUAUAUCGGCUCUCUCUGGUUUGCAGAGAGCCCGUUUCCACGGAAACCGGUCUUACCCCAACAUUUUACCGACAGUCGCCAUCAGAUUGUCCAACUGAAUCUACUCGCUACAUUUUGAUUCUGUUCACCGUAUCAGACUUGUUUUCAAGUUGUGGGUUGCUUUUAAAAUCACUUUCCCACUUGCUUUUUGUCGCCUCUUUCUUCCUCCUCGCUCUUCAUCGUCGCCUCUCUUUCCUACCCCCUCCUCGCUCUUUAUCGUCGCCUCUCUUUCCUAACCCCUCCUCGCUCUUUAUCGUCGCCUCUCUUUCCUACCCCCUCCUCGCUCUUUAUCGUCGCCUCUCUUUCCUACCCCCUCCUCGCUCUUUAUCGUCGCCUCUCUUUCCUACUCCCUCCUCGCCACUCUUCUUGUCUCACUUUUCUCCUCCGCUCAUCUCCGCCGUCUCUUUCCUCCUCUCCGCUCUUUAUCGUCACCUUUCUUUCCUCCUACUCACCUCUCUCUUUUCUCCCUCCUCCUCCUCUCUCCUCAGUUUCCUCCUUUUCUACCUCCUCCUCCCCACUAUCCAUUGUCGCCUCUUUUUCCUCCUCCUCCUCCUCCUCCUCUCUACUCUCUCCAUCCUCAUCGUUCUUCACCGUCGCUCGCUCGUUCUUACCUCUUCUUUAUCUUUGCCUAUCUUCCUUUCUCUCUCUCUCUCUCUCUUUCUCUCUCUCUCUUCUCUAUUCCCACCGACCCACUCUGGUUUUCACUUCAUAUUUUAA